CCAAGAGACUAAAUAGUGACGAAAUGUGAAUGAAACAAAGAAAAAUAGCACUACCCCCUCACCGCCCUACCCUCUCCUAUGGUUGUCUGACGGGCUGGCGAGAUGACCGACUGGACCAGCAGAUUAAAUCCAAACGGGUUACAUCACGAAGUUCGUAAAUCUAAGGUGGUUAAUGCCACAUCACUUGUAUCGGUGAAGCUGAUAUAUUCCUAUGGAAUCAAUACCUACACCACACCAUAGAAUACGAGAUGAUGUCUGGGCUACACCUUAUACGGUUAAACGUUGCAGAUCAACGCCGAUGAUCGUUAACGAAUCUAUAAUCCUUCAGAAGUAAUCCACGGUGGCCAAUGCCAUAUCACUUGUAUGGGUGAGGUCGAUACACUCCUAUCGAAUCCAUACACCUCAGAAUACAAGCGAUGACCUCUCACAGAUGAACGUUGUAGAUAAUGUUGAAGGCCGUUAACGCAAUGUUAUCCCUCUUCAGAGCUCUUGUCUCACUGCUUACUCGUUCUCGUCUGUCCCGAGAAACGUUAGAUCAACUAACUUAACUCGCUCUUUUCCUACUCCUGACCAAUCAGGCCCUUGGCGACCAGGUAACUAUGACGACCAGGUAACUAUGACGACCAGGUAACUAUGACGACCUCUUAACAGUCUUUCUUGGAGACUGUGCCGACCAAUCGUAAGUACAAUGUUGCAGGGUCGACAUGGCUUCUGCGGCUUCUGCCUCAAUUGACUACAGUCGCCCUAGUUACGCUGUGCCGAGCUUACUUACGUCAACUUCAUUCAUGACGUAAAAGAAUGAGUCUCGCGGAGCCGCGUCAGCGCUCGCGCGACUGCUCUUCCCCGACAACAAAGAGAACUAACAAAAAUAGGAAUCUAACUAGACUCGCCUGAAUCGCGAAUCGUUACAAUGGCUAAUUCAUUCGAAUCUGAUAGUAUUGUUUAUUUUUGUGUGUUAAAUCUUUAGCAAAUAAAUGAGAAUAAUGCAUGUAAUUUAAAAGUUGAGCUAAUUACAGUGACUAAAACACCUCUCAGUUUGUUACCCAGUACAAAGGCUGACUCCCUGGUUGCCUAGUGACGGGGAGAGAAUGUCCACAAGCAGUGCACACCACACAUCGCGUUGUCCUUAUCCUCGCUACUAGAAGAACAUCGAAUUGUCACAGAAGUCAUUUUUUCAUUCAUUGGCAGAGACUCAAAUACCAUCUACUGAUUUCUAAGUACAAAAAGCACUCGUUUUAUUAAAAGUAAUAUUUUUUUUUUAAUCUGAAGUUUUGACCUUUGACAGCAUUAUCAUAUCCCAUGCUCAGACCACAAUGUUCUUUGUGUCGCUCUACAAACAGUUGUCUCGCUUAGAACAAGAGUGAGGUUCUCUCUCUGUGUGUUGGUAGGUAACUAACCAUAAAAAAAACCGUAGAUUGUCGCGCGAUGCUCUAGUAAUAGUCGCUCUUACUGGUUACUGGUGUACGCUACGUGUCGAUCAUGUGGUAAUUGUAAAUGGCUCGUAAAAUCGCUUAUAUCAGAAGGAGGGAAUAUGUGCCAGCGUGUAGCUAUUACAUGGGGCAGACGGAUCUGUGUGGACACAGCAAGUACAGCCUGCUGGCUACCAGAGAUACUAGCGACGUUUUUUCUGUAAAAUAAAUCGUGAUUUUUGUGCGUUUCAUCACACGUUGUUGAGCCCUUUGUCCGGGAAGUUCACGGGUUGUGGUUCGUGAUCCUCGUAGUGCAAUAUGACCCCUGACAUGUGAGCGUUGUACCUUUUGUCUCGCUCCAAGACUAUGCUGACAUUGAUACCACGAGUUAAACCCGGUCACCCAAGGGCCCAGUUCCCCGGGGCCAAUGUCAAAAAGCUCAGGAACAUUGCAACACAGAGUCUGUGACACGAAGCCUUACUCACAGGACAUAAGGAUUUUUGUGCAAGAGACAGUUUUUUUCUCUAAAAGUCAAGUAUCACGUCAACACUUGUUCAAGUAACGAGCUUCAACUCAUGCAAAUAAAAAUGACCAAGUUUAAGUGGAUCAUGCUGGCGAUCCUCUUGCUUCUCGUUCUUGGAGGUCUAAUAGCUAACUCCGCACGCUGGUCUUUUGCCUUGACGCCAUUCAUGACGGCCAUGAAUAUUAUUCCGGAACCGGAAGUGAUUGAGCCCUUACAGGUCUACUGCAAAGACGUCCUGAAGUUGAUGGUCUAUGGACAAUGGGAAACUCGAAAUCUUUCCGCUGCUGAAUCCAACGAGAUGAAACUUUUCAAUGAUCAGGUUCGGAAAGAGAAGACAAUCCCGACCAACCUUCAGCGUGCUGACAAACUCUGUGGUAAUGUCACCUUCCCAAAAAUUCCCUUCAGAGCUCUGUGUGACCCCAACGGCGACACCCCUUGCUGCUACAACAACUUCUGCGCCAACACAACACAACAUCAGUGCACCUGCUCAGAUUGCUACGACACACGACGACCCAUCGAUGCUGAAUACGCCACCUGGCGCCCUUCAGACCCCACCUGUCAGGUCCGCCAUUUGUCACAGAACGAGACUUGUGAGUUGCUAGAUGGCGCCACUCUCUAUUUCCUCGGAGACUCGUUCGUAAGACACGUCUUCACGGCCUUCCUACUGGCAGCCAGGAACAACGAAACCCACGGAGCGAUGGGUCCUCGCACGCCUCCAGAACUUCAAACAUCAUGUGCCGGCCUCUACAUGUUCACGGAAAAAGUCUGCCGUCUUCAUGUGGAUUCAGACACCACCGUAUGCAAUAAAAGAGUCAAAGUCAAGCUGGUGUACGACUACAAAGUUGAAUCUGCUGCUGCCGCCGUCCAUACCGCCAUCAUCAACCUCACCAACGUCAGCCGCAGUAUCGCCUUCAUGGCCUUUGGGAUUCACGAUCAAUUUGAAGUGGAGAAGGUCCGCCAAAAGCUCCUGCUGCCCCUUUUACACAAAAUGAACUCGUCCAGUAGCAGUAACCCUAAACUUGUUUGGUUAGCUUACCACGCUCCAGGCUUGCUCACCUCAACUCUUGAUUACCCUUGGCAGAAACCUGAGCGUAUAUUACAAUACAACCAAGUGAUGGGUGAGUUCCUGAGAGAGUGGCACGUGCCAAUAUUUGAAGCCUUUAACCUGACGGACGGUAUUGCCAGCUUCGAUGGCGCUCACUACGGACUUGGGAUAAACAGGGUCAAAGUUCAGAUACUUUUGAACUACAUUUUAGAAUUACGGGUGAAAAAGCUGUGGUAGAAAGUAUUUGUGGAGACAGCCACACGUGUGUCCAUGGUGAUACGCUUGCCAUGAAGUGAGGUGUCCAGGAGUUGGUUUUUAUUUAAUGCUGUUACUGAUGUGCUUCACAGCAAGAACUCUGUGUGCUUAUAUGAUUCACGAAUAAACUAAAGUACAGUUACUUUUUGUGAAUCCUCCGAACGACACCAAAAAAGAUUCUUUGAAAACAUUAGUGAUCGUACUAAUUGUAAACAUUAAUCCUUUGAUGAUAAAGUAUUGGUAGCAUCUUUCCUAGUCUACACUGUGAUUUUGUUCUGUUCAAUAAGUCAGCUGAGGGUCAGUGAUUUUAGGAAUGUUCACUGUUUAUAUUGCAUAGGAGUAGGUAGAAAGGUGUUUACACGUGACCUGAACGGUUGCAGUGUGUUUUUAAUGUAUUUUAAUGAUUUUAGCAGAGAUGAUAUGGAAAUGGCAGCAGGAAGAAAGGUAUUUAUGUGUGACCUGAAGGAUAUAUUUUCCCCUGACUAUUUUAUUUUUGUUUAAAGAUGUGUAUUUUAUAAUAUAUUUCAAUAUUUUUUUAGUAAAUAUUUUUCUUGUUGGAACCAGUGAAGAUUACGACGGCGACUAUGAAAAGGAAGAGGAGGUUGAAACGAUUCUGCCACAAAGCUAAGGGAAUGAGACGAGUUGCGGCCCUUUCCCCAUUUCUCUUCUCCUUUCAUCUGACUUCCCUCAUCGAACACUGGUCUGCACUACGGGUUUCAAAACUGUCUUUGUUUUUCAAGACGAUAUGUAAGCGAUGUGGUACUACUUUGUCUUAGUUAAUACUUUCAAUUGUCAGAAGAUAAAAAGAAGUAUGUACAGUCGUCCCUCGCUGUAUCGCUGUUCACUGUAUCGUGGUUUUGUUAUAAAAAAUAUUUAUCUAUCUAAUUCUGUGUCGCAGGAUUUCGCGGUAUAUAAGUAUUUGUAUAAUAUUUGAUUGGAAUUAUUUUUGCCUAAAAAAUAGAAAACAACACAAAAAUGUUAAUUUAAACAUGUUAAAGGAAUAUUAAAUCGAAAUCAAAUACAGUAUAUGUACAGGUAUUUCAUCAGCGGAUGAUCAUCGGAUACCGUACUGUACACAAUAGAAACGCAGUAAAGUCGCUACAACCGCUUGUGCAAGUUUGCCAACGUGAGAUUGUACAGGGUACUCGCCACACUUUUGGCUGAUGGAAUGGUCGGCGACCAGCCACACCACUGUGUACCCUUACAGAAUUUUAUAUAUUGUUAAAAUUGUGUAAGUGUAAGAGUGUUGAAUAGGAUAUGAAGUGUUUGUAAGAGUUUGGGCAAGGUUAAGAACAAAGUUUACUUCUGUUUGCUGAAAUUUAACUUUAUUGCUAAGAUUUUAACCUAUAUUUGGGAUGAAUUAUGUAGAUUUUGACUUUUUACUCUAGCAUUUUUCGCCAUCUUCUCCUCCUGUCUCAAAAUACAGAUAACUAUACAACUGGGGUCGUGGUUAUGAAGCGGGGGUAAAUCGUUUCCUCGAGGCAAAAUGGAGAACUCUUGUUUUCGUAGCAACAAAGCUGUGCCCAGACCCAGCGGACACCAUCUCAUGUUUCUUGACCCCAGAGUAUCUUUGCCACCGGUGGGCUUGUUAGCAAGAAAGGGAUUUAUUUAGUGCCUGACAAAGUCACGCAGUGUCUUGCCAAACGAUGCUCUCCAUCGCUAAUUGUCAAUGUUAAAAUCAGCAUAGAGAAAUCUGUACAGGAAUUUGUUGCAAAACAAAACCAUAGGCCAAUGUUUUGUGACAGUUCUUUGUGUGUGUAGUGCUGAAAGUAACUCCGCCUGGAAACCUCCCCUUCCCGGGUAACCUGACGGUCACAAGCCCGGAUGAAGGAGAAGGGUUGGGCGUGGGGCUAGCUGCUCCACUCAAUUGCUGCAAGAUACUUUUAAAAAAUAUUUUCUAGAAUGAAGAGAAUAUGAGCCGGACUCGACCAUUUCUCUGACACAUUAUGAGUUCAGAAUAAUCUUAACAGAAAGAUUUGAUUUUUUUUUUAUCUCAAGUGUUUAUUCAAGGGCUACGUUUCAGCAAUAAAGCGUGUAGAGGAGACGAAAGUUUGCUUAGCUUACUCGUGGACAUACAUAGCGAACAGCCUUCACAAGACCCAUUUUGAUAUAGAGAACACACCCACUGAAGGUGCAAUGUUUAACAAACUAAAAUGGCAUAUCACAGCCACCAGGUAGAGAGGUGCAGGUCAGACUGACACAAUGAGAGUUCUUUUUUCAAGUCACAGAGUUUGAACAACGGGUAGCUCUCGACACUCCCAUUACCCUGCUGCAGCUGAUGUUACUGUACUUUCUACCGA